AUGGGCUCAGAUUUCCAAAUCCAGUUGAUUCGACUCAUGGUGAUGGCUCCCGGCUAUCCUACACUCUGGAUAAGUCUGCUGCUCAUGACCGUAGCUUUCGUUUAUUGUGAAGGAUCCAGGACGAAUGUUCCCAAAAUCCCCGGCUUGCCCAUGGCACCGGGUUCGCGCCCUUUCACGGGGCACCUGUCGUACCUCGGGGGCCGCCGCAAGGAGAAUGACGCGACGGUGUUUUCGCGCUGGGCACGCCAGCUCUCGACUCCGAUCUUCCAGCUACGGUUGGGUUCGCGGCGGGCCGUCGUCCUGAACGACUUUGCCUCUGUCAAAGGGGUCUUCCUCGGCCACAGCAAUGCCCUGAUCAACCGUCCUCCGCAGCCGGGCUUUUCAGACAUGUUGGGGCUGGAUCCAACGGGGAGCCCUAUGACGGAGAGUGUGCGGCGAUGUCGACAGGCUAUCAUGAGGGCACUGGGCAAGCCCAAAUGGCCCGGAUAUUACACGACGCUGGAACCUACGAGCCGGGCCUUGAUCGCCAAAGCCUACCGUCGUGGAGAGAACGGAGUCCAACCCGUCGACAUCUGGCACCCUCUCGUGAGCAUCAUGUUCGAUCUCGCCAUGGCUCUGACGUACGGGGCCAGGCUGUCCGACCUGGAUGACGAAUUCAGCUCCACCUUCCUCGAGGCUCUCAACACCAUCACGGCCAUCCGGAACACGACCCGAUACUACCGCCACUACGUACCCCUGUUGCGCAUGUGGCCAGAGAGCGGCAGCGAGAUCAAGAGGGCCGACCGGGUCAGGAGAGCGAGGGUCAAGUACCUAUACGAGCUGUACCAGAAGCGUGUCUCCGAAAGGGGUGAGGUCGUCAACUGCGUCAUCCAGAGCCUCGGCGCCGACAAGCUCACCGACGAAGAGAUCCACGCCAGUUGCAUGGCGGUGUUGCAGGCCGCACCCGAAACCGUGGCGGGCGGCGUGUACCAAGCCGUGGGCUGGCUUUGUAGCCCCGAUGGCUUCGAGUACCAAGGGAGAGCGUUGGCCGAGAUCCUCGACUUCUACGGGGGCAGCCGAGACAAGGCGUGGAAUGAGGCCUUCAAGGAUGAUGUCCCAAUCAUUGCCAGCUUGACCAAGGAGACACUGCGCUACUUCCCGCCGAGCCCGUUCGGCUUGCCCCGGGAGACCGUCUCCGAUGUGCCGUUGAAGUUUGCCCAGACCGAGUGGAAGAUCCCUGGAGAAGUCACCGUCUAUAUGAACACUCAGGAAGCCAAUCUCGACGAGUCCUGGUACGGCGCAGAUGCGAAGGUUUUCAAGCCGGACCGCUUCUUGGGGGAUGAUUCCAGUCUCCCCCAUCUCGCAUUUGGCGCCGGGAGCAGGAUUUGCCCGGCCAUGGCAAUUGGAAACCGAAUCACGAACGCGUUGCUGGUGAGACUCCUGCUCGCCUUUGAGAUGAGACAAGCCCAGGAUGGCACGGCGCCGAAGCCAUCGCUCGAUUGGAAAGACUGGUCAGAUAUGCACGAUAGUCUCGUCACGAUCCCGCGGUCGUUCGGCUGCUAUUUUGUUGCGAGAGAUCCACGUUGGUUGAACAGCAUACUCGGCGACAGCGGCAUUACGGCCUCGAUGUUGUGA